AUGAUUAUGCUGUUAUUCUUUGCUUUGCUCUGGAUGGUGGACGGAGUCUUUUCCCAGCUUCAUUAUACUGUGCAGGAGGAACAGGAACAUGGCACUUUCGUGGGGAAUAUCGCUGAAGACCUGGGCUUGGACAUUACAAAACUUUCAGCUCGCAGGUUUCAGACGGUGGCCAACUCACGGACCCCUUACUUGGACCUCAAUCUGGAAACCGGGGUUCUGUACGUAAACGAAAAGAUAGAUCGCGAGCAGAUCUGCAAGCAGAGCCCCUCUUGUGUCCUGCACCUGGAGGUCUUUCUGGAGAACCCGCUGGAGCUGUUCCGAGUGGAGAUCGAAGUGCUGGACAUCAAUGACAACCCUCCCUCCUUCCCAGAGCCCGACCUGACAGUGGAGAUCUCAGAGAGCGCCACGCCAGGCACCCGCUUUCCCUUGGAGAGCGCCUUCGACCCAGACGUGGGGACCAACUCCUUGCGAGACUACGAGAUAACCCCAAAUAGCUAUUUCUCGCUAGACGUACAGACCCAGGGAGAUGGCAACCGAUUCGCCGAGCUGGUCCUGGAGAAGCCGCUGGACCGAGAACAGCAAGCGGUGCACCGCUACGUGCUGACCGCGGUGGACGGGGGAGGAGGGGGAGGAGGAGGGGAAGGAGGGGGAGGCGGUGGGGGAGCCGGCCUGCCCCCCCAGCAGCAGCGUACUGGCACGGCCUUGCUCACCAUCCGAGUGCUCGACUCCAACGACAAUGUGCCCGCCUUUGACCAACCCGUCUACACUGUUUCCCUACCAGAGAAUUCUCCCCCUGGCACGCUAGUGAUCCAGCUUAAUGCCACCGACCCUGAUGAAGGCCAGAACGGCGAGGUCGUGUACUCCUUCAGUAGUCACAUCUCGCCCAGGGCUCGGGAGCUCUUUGGACUGUCGCCGCGCACCGGCCGGCUGGAGGUGAGUGGCGAGCUAGACUAUGAAGAGAGCCCAGUGUACCAGGUGUAUGUCCAAGCUAAGGACUUGGGUCCCAAUGCUGUGCCUGCGCACUGCAAGGUUCUGGUGAAAGUGCUGGAUGCCAACGACAACGCGCCAGAGAUCAGCUUCAGCACAGUGAAAGAGGCGGUGAGCGAGGGUGCGGCCCCUGGCACGGUGGUGGCUCUGUUCAGCGUGACCGAUCGGGACUCAGAGGAGAAUGGGCAGGUGCAGUGCGAGCUGCUGGGAGACGUGCCGUUCCGCCUCAAGUCUUCCUUCAAGAAUUAUUACACUAUCGUGACUGAAGCCCCCUUGGACCGAGAGGCUGGGGACUCUUACACCCUGACCGUGGUGGCCCGCGACCGGGGCGAGCCUGCACUCUCCACCAGUAAGUCGAUCCAGGUCCAAGUGUCAGAUGUGAAUGACAAUGCGCCGCGCUUCAGCCAGCCGGUCUACGACGUGUAUGUGACAGAAAACAAUGUGCCGGGUGCCUACAUUUACGCGGUGAGCGCCACGGACCGAGACGAAGGGGCCAAUGCAAAAUUAACCUACUCUAUCUUAGAGUGCCAGAUCCAGGGAAUGAGUGUCUUCACCUACGUGUCCAUCAACUCAGACAACGGCUACUUGUAUGCCCUGAGAUCCUUCGACUAUGAGCAGAUCAAGGACUUCAGCUUUCAAGUGGAAGCCCGGGACGCCGGCAGUCCCCAGGCGCUGGCCGGCAACGCCACGGUCAACAUCUUGAUAGUGGAUCAGAAUGACAACGCCCCCGCCAUCGUGGCGCCCCUUCCGGGGCGCAAUGGGACUCCAGCCCGAGAGGUGCUGCCGCGCUCUGCUGAACCCGGCUACCUGCUCACUCGUGUGGCCGCAGUGGACGCGGACGACGGCGAGAAUGCCAGGCUCACCUACAGCAUAGUGCGGGGCAACGAAAUGAACCUAUUCCGACUGGACUGGCGCACCGGAGAGCUCCGCACCGCGCGCCGGGUUCCAGCCAAGCGCGACCCCCAGCGGCCUUAUGAGCUGGUGAUCGAGGUGCGCGACCACGGGCAGCCGCCCCUGUCCUCUACAGCCACCCUAGUGGUUCAGCUGGUGGAUGGAGCCGUGGAGCCCCAGGGCGGGGGCGGGGGUGGUGGAGGAGGGUCCGGGGAACACUUGCGCCCCAGCCGCUCUGGCGGCGGGGAAACUUCACUGGACCUCACUCUCAUCCUCAUCAUCGCACUGGGCUCGGUAUCCUUCAUCUUCCUGCUGGCCAUGAUCGUGUUGGCCGUGCGCUGUCAAAAAGAGAAAAAACUCAACAUCUACACGUGUCUCGCGAGUGAUUGCUGCCUCUGCUGCUGCUGCUGCGGCAAUGGGGGCUCCACCUGCUGCGGCCGCCAAGCCCGGGCACGCAAGAAGAAACUCAGCAAGUCAGACAUCAUGUUGGUGCAGAGCGCCAAUGUCCCCAGCAACCCGGCCCAGGUGCCGGUAGAGGAGUCCGGAGGCUUCGGUUCCCAUCACCACAAUCAGAACUAUUGCUAUCAGGUCUGCCUCACCCCGGAGUCCGCCAAGACCGACCUGAUGUUCCUGAAGCCCUGCAGCCCUUCCCGGAGUACAGAUGCUGAACACAAUCCCUGUGGAGCCAUCGUCACCGGGUACAGCGACCAGCAACCAGACAUCAUUUCCAACGGAAGCAUUUUGUCCAACGAGAAUAAACACCAGCGAGCAGAGCUCAGCUAUCUAGUUGACAGACCUCGCCGAGUUAACAGUUCUGCAUUCCAGGAAGCUGACAUAGUAAGCUCUAAGGACAGUGGUCAUGGAGACAGUGAACAGGGGGACAGUGACCAUGAUGUCACCAACCGUGGCCAGUCAGCUGGUAUGGAUCUCUUCUCCAACUGCACCGAGGAAUGUAAAGCGCUCGGCCACUCUGACCGAUGCUGGAUGCCUUCUUUUGUCCCUUCGGAUGGACGCCAGGCUGCAGAUUACCGCAGCAACCUGCAUGUCCCCGGCAUGGACUCUGUUCCAGACACCGAGGUCUUUGAACCUCCGGAAGUCCAGCCUGGGGCAGAGCGUUCCUUCUCCACUUUCGGCAAAGAGAAAGCCCUGCAUGGCACCCUGGAGAGGAAGGAGCUGGACGGAUUGCUGUCUAAUACACGAGCGCCUUACAAACCACCAUAUUUGAAAAUGCUGUGGAUGCAGCUGCGUGGAGAGGCUCAUUUGACGAAAGAUGGAGGCAAGCAAACAACCACAUGA